UAUUAUUAUUAUUAUCAUUAAAUUAAUUUAAUCAUUUAAAUUUGAAUUUUUUCGCGGAUAAUUUUAGACACGUGGGCACUGGCGCGGCCUCCGGUACCGGCGAGUGUACAUCGCGGUGGAUGGCGUUCAGCGUUACUGGACUACCGCACUCGGACGACGGGCGGUUUGUGCCGCAGUUCGGACGCCCGUGACCUGUUCCGGCUUUGAUAUUGUUCGUCGUAAACAUGGCUAAUACAUGCGAAAUCAUCGACGACAGCCCGUCCACGUCCGACGGCCGGUCGUCGUCCAAGCGCCGCGCUCGACCCAACUCGUGCAGCCGCACGGUCACUUUGCAAAUGCUGUUAGAUACCAAUAUACUCCAACCCGGCUGCUCGGUCCUGUCGCUCGAGUACAUGGUAACGAAAAUAUUAUUUAUUUCACCCCCGUCAAAGUGUCGUUGGUUUGUUACAGGUAUACCGAUCGUGAUAUAUACCUAAAUGCAACCAUAUAAGAAUAAUUAUUUUAGAUUUUCCGAACCGAACGAGGAAUGUAUUGGUUUUAUUUGAUGUGCCUAUGCAAUUAUUGUACUUUUAUAAAACAUAUAAAAUAUCUUUCUCCUAACAAAAAAUUGCAAGAGAACUUUUUUGUAGAAUUUUAGAUUUAGCUGUUGAAUUGAUGAACAGAUCGUUUCUUGAUUUUCAAAUUUUCACAAUGGACGACAAAAACGGACAAUUUUACGACCCUAAACGUUUCAUUAUUUUCGAAUUUGUUAUUUUAAUCAGAAAUCUUGUUCAGAUAUUUACGUGUAGCAUCCAUUCUGAAAGAAAUAUACCUAUAUAUCUAGUAAGCAGGUCGUUGUUUUGAUUUCCAUAUAAACCGAGAAAAAUGUAUCAAAAGCGCAAAGUUUACGGAAAAACAGUUUAAUUAUUUUCAAUUUUGAUAGAACUUGGAUAAAAAUAGAGACUUUAAAUUAUUUAGGUCUUUUCUAGAUGUACUGAAAUUUUCAAAACAUUCGAACGAUUUUUAAUUUACCUAUUUAUAGAUACUUGACAUUUUCGAGGUUUUACUUUCCAUUUGGUUUUUUCUGGAUGAUAAAAUUGUGUAGAUCCAACAGACAUGUUUGAAAAUUUAAUAUGAGAUUCAUUAUAAGUUAUGCUAAGUGGUUGAAAAAAAAAUUAGCGUUAUGAAGUGUAUAUAUAUAUUUCUAUUGAAGCAUUUUAAGUUUAAAGUUAAAUGGAAAUCGUAAAAAUCAUUUUUGGCUGAUCUAAAAUAUUUGAACAUUUUAUACGAGAUUAAUCAUAAGUUAUAUUUGAUUAGAAAAAAAUUUGAAUGUUAUGAAGUAGAUAUUUUUUUUUUCUGAAGCAUAUAAGUUUAAAUUUUAACAAAGAUUGUAAAAACCACAGCAUUUCAAAAUAUAUUUAUUCAAACUUCGAUAAUAAAUAAUUUAUAAAGUAAAUAAAUAUAGUAAAUUAAAAGUUUAUACAUAAAAAUAAAAUAAAUAAAUCAAUAAAUGCCCUGAAAUAUUAUGAUUAGUUAAUUAAACUACUGGUUUUAAAUUAAAAAUUCAUCAUCAGGUAUAUCACAGUCAAAAUGAAAAACGCGACUGGAUAUAAAAAAUUAAAUGAAGGAAUACAAAGAAAAAAUAAUUUUGUUUUACAUAGAAUAUAGAAAUAAUUUGUUUUUAUAGGAGAGAUUAUUUAAAAUUAGUUAUCAUUAGACAUAGGUAUGUUAAGAAAUAUAAAUUAUUUUUGUAUUAUUUAUUAUCUAAAAUGUAUUCAUAUAAGAUAUUAUUUUUAAAAUUGGUUAGGUUAAGUUAAAAAGAGGAUUUUUUGUGAAGUUUUUAGUUCUAUUUUUUGAAAAUGCUGGUAUAUAUAAACUUAAAUGUAACUAUAAUAAAUUUUAUAUAGGUAGGACAAAUAGAAAUUUUAAAAUAAGAUAUAAAGAACAUAUUUUAGAAAUAAAAUUAAAAAAGACUGCCUCUAAUUCAAAUUUCGCUAAACAUGUUUUAGAAAAUAACCGUAAUAUAAAUUUUGAUAUUAAUAUAGAUUUAAAAAAACAUUUACAUUAACUCAGUUUUAGAAGAAUUACACAUAUAUGAUGAAAAAAAAAAAAAAUUAAUAAUAUUAGGUUUUUUUUUCAAAUAGUUAUUUAAAAAAAAAUGAAUUUCAUUGAAGAUUAACAUUUUUAAAAUUAUUGUUACUUUCAAAUCUCAAUAGAUGGUUACCUACUAGAUUAGGUAUUUAUUCGUUAGAUUUUAGUUAUUUCUGUCAAGUAUAUAUAUUACAAGUGAUAAUAUAUUUAGGCACAUAAUCUAUUAAAUUAAACAUUUUAUUAAUGCUAAAAUAAUGUAAAUCCAUUAUAUUUUUUAGGGUCAAAGAUUCAUGGGAGAUUUAUUACCAGAUGGUAAAAUCAGAUCAGUGGAAACUUCAAUUGAGUUUGCCUCUCCUAGCGCCUGGGCUUUUAAUUGCAAAAGUAUUAUUAAUAAAAUUAAAAAGGCUGGAUGUGGUUGGUCCUCUGUAUGUAUCUGUCAUUAGUAAUUAUUACCUACUUAUUUAAAUUUUGUGUUGUAGAUUUUUUAUCAUUUAAGUUGAUAUAAUAUUAAAUAUGUAAUUUAAGAUCAAUAUUUAAUGGUAUAUUAUGCUAAUAUUACAAAGAAAAAGUAUAACAAACUAAUAAUACUUUAAUUUUUUUUAAUGUAGGUACCUAGUAUUAUAUUAUAUUGUACUAUAGAUGCAAUUAAAUGCUGCACUAUGCCAGUCUCAAUAUCAACCCUAUAAUUGCCCUUAAAAAAAUUUAAAAGUAAUCAUAUAAUUAUUAAUAGUACGCCAGUCAUAUUCAGAAAUUUAGAAAGUCAUAUGCCUAAUAAAAGUAGGUACCUAUGUGUAUGUCCCACAGUGGGAUAGAAAGUUUAUCUAGAGUACUAAAAUUUGUUGAUUUUAUAAAUACAAUAAUAUAGGUAUUAUUAUCAUUUCAUAUGUGCACACAUGUUAAUAUAUUACUAAUGUUUAUAGAUGUCCAAUCACUAAUGUUUGUAGAUUGGUACAAAAUUGUUUUACAUGUUUUAAUAACUAGCCAUUAGGUAGUAAAAUUAUUUUAUUGUUGGCAUUUCAAAAAUUGUUUCAUUUUAAUUUUGGAAAAUGAAAGCUGAAUAUGCAGGUUAGCAAUAAAAUGUCUUUGUAGGUAUGUACCUAUGAUUUUCAAAUUUGUUUAAGAUUAUUUAUGAAUAUUAUGACCUAUGAUUAUUGUAUUUGUUAAGGUAUCUUUGAUUCUAUGUAUAUUUUAUUCUUAGGAAUUUUCAGGAACUACUUUGAAUACUUAGAAUGGCUUGUAAGACUGUAUACUCUUCAUAGGCACUCUAAACUAUCUCAAAAGAGUGAAAAAUAAUGAUAAAAUACACAUAAAUAACUAAAUGUUGGAAUUGAUCAAUCAAUUCAAUUAGUACUUACCUAAUUAUCAAUUUAAAAUAUAUUUAUCAAUAAUGAUAAUUUGAUUAAAAUAGUUUUGGGGUGCCAGAUGAGCUUUCCAUCCUACUGUGCAUUGGUUUAUGUUUUGUUCUUACACCAAAUUGGCCAAAAUAAAGAAUCUGUUUUUUAUAUCUAUCAUUAGGUAUGUAAUAAAUAAUAGCUACAGAAACUUAAAAAUCGAAAAUAUUAAUAACAAAAUAACUAAAUAGAUAGGGGUUAUAGGUGAUAGGUAGGUAUGUAUUUUUUUUUGAUAUUGUAAAGAAAUCUGAGCUUACAAGGAGAAGGCCUAAGUAAAGAAGUACAAUUUUUGUUUUGGUGCACACCUAGUAGGAAAGUAUGUGAAGGAGUUAACUAGUUAUGCAGGGUGCUUAGAUUCUAUGAUUUUUGAAAGGUUUAGAGAGGUGUACAUAAUUUUCUCAAAUUAUUCAUAAUACUGUUGUACUAAUAAAUUUAGUUAAAAUAAUGUUAUUUCAGUCAUGCAUUUUUUCUAUAAAAAUCUAUUAAAAACAUAAUUUAUUAUUAAUAUUGGUCCUUAUCAAAAGUUAUUUGCCUACCUCUCUUAAGUUACCUAUUAUAAUUAUUUAUUUUAAUCUUUAAAUUUAUGAAUUUUGAUUGUUAAAUAUUGAAUAGUAUUGAUUUACCUAUAUUUUAAUUCUAUACCUACCUAUUAUUAUUGGUACUAGGUAUAUGGUAAUAAAAAUAUAUAACUAAGUAUCUAAUUUAAAUCAUAAAUGUAAUAUGUAGAAUAUAAUAUUAACAAUUUGUUUUUAUACUUAAAUUAUUUGAUUUGUAGAUUCGGUAUAAAGGAAAAAAAUUGGAUGCUUUUAAACAUGCUUAUUUUAGAAAAAGAGAAUCUUCAAAUGUAGAAUUUUUGAAGCAUAAUAUAAUUCAAGGUAAUAUUAUUAUACCUACGAUUCUGAGUGAUCUAUAUAAUUUUCUGUUGUUAUUUAAUUUUCCACAUGGAAAAUUAUGAUGUAUAUAAUUUCAAUAAGAGCUUAUAAUAUAAUAAAAUAAUGGUUUCAGUUGAAAAUUUGGAAUCAGAUUUAGUAAAAUAUAAAAUUCAAAAUGAAGUUUUAUCUUUACCUCCAUUGAUUGAUGUUAAAAAACCUAUACAAUUUAGUGAAAUUCUAUCAAGAUCUAGUAAUCAGUAAGUGCAAUAGUUAAGUAUUACAAACCUCAAACUUCAUAUACCUAUAUGUUGAAUGACUUUCUAUUAUUGUAUUUUUGAAUUUUGAGUAAUCAUUUGUAAAUUUAAACACAGAAUAAAAUCAAUUUGAGAUAGUGAAUAUUAUAAAUGAAUAAAAACAUCUAUAAUAAAUUGCAUUGAAGACUUCAUUAAUUAAACUGUUUACAGAAAUCUCAAUACAUUAGUGGAAUGUACAAAUUGGUCCUACAUAAAUAAAGUUCAACCAUUUCAUGUUAAUAUAUCAGAAAAUGCUAUAUUAUUAUUGGAUUUCCAUUGUCAUUUAACAAGUUCAGAAGUUGUUGGAUAUCUUGCUGGAAAUUGGGAUUUUUCCACCCAAAGUUUGUUGUUUAUUAAAAUAAUAUUUGAAUGAAUAUAUAUAUAUAUAUUUUUUUUAAAUUAAUUUAUAGCACUUACAGUGAAAAAUGCAUAUCCCUUCAGAAGCCGUUUACAAGAUACAGAAUUGACUUCAUUAAUUGAAGAAGAAAUUCGAAAUACUUUUACAGAAAAAAAUUUGGUAUUGGUAGGAUGGUACCAUUCACAUCCAGAAACCAUAGCUACACCUACUUUAAGAGAUAUUGAAACUCAGUUAGAUUAUGAAGUUCAAAUAAAAGGGCCGACCGUUGAAUCUUACAUACCAUGUGUUGGAAUAAUUUGCUGUAAGAAUCAAUUAACUUUUAAAACACCUAUAUUUGUUUGAAAUUAUAAAUAUUAUAUUUACCUAUUGAUUUAGCACCUUAUAAUAAAGGCAAAUCAUCAUUUGAUUCAACAAUUAAAUGUUAUUGGGUACUUCCAUCUUUUGAAAAUGCAAUACAUGAUUAUGGACGACCAAUGAAUAUGCAUUUUAGUACUAAAUCAGAAAAGUUAUUAACUGUAGAUAUUGUUACAGCAUUGGUAAGGUUCUUUUUAAAACUAAUCGUAUAUUUCAUCACAAUUUAUUAUUGUUUCUAUAUUUCUUUUUAUUUUAAGAAAAAAUGUGUUGAUUUCAACAAAUAUGACCCAGAUUUCAUCAAUUUUAAGAAAAAUUAUAAAGGCACCGUAACUUAUUUGGAAAAAUUAAAGGUACUUUUAAAAUUAUAUUUAUAAUAAUAGUAUUAUUAAUACAUAUUUUUUGUUUUUUUAGAUAUCUUUAAUGAACAAAUUUCCAAAGGAUGAUGUAACACAUAGGCUGUUAUGGAAUUUCUUGAGUGAAAUAGUAUGUGCUGGGAGUUCGGGCAAUAUAGCUAAAAAUAAUUUUCAAAAUUUGUUAGCUUCAAUUUCAUCACGCCAACUUUCACUGUCUACAUCAUUUUUUCAAAUACCAAAUUCCGUGUCUGAAAAUUUUGAAUCAUAUAUUAAGUCAUGUAAUACUAAAAAUGUAACUUCAGAAGAUAUACUUGAUACUAGUGAUGUUUCAAAAAUAACUUCAGAAAGUAUGGCCAGUUCCUUAUUUAACAAUCUAGAUUUUUCUAAAGCAAUGUUCUUAAUAGGGCUUUCUCCAACACAAUAUAAAACAAAUUCUUUAAAACAUGUUUAAGAC